UGUUCUCGAAUCGAAACUGUAUUCGCGGUCAGUUCGAAAAGAAAUUGGAUAGUCGUCGCCAUGAAGUAUUUGAGUGGCAUUGUGCUCCUUGUCGCCCUUUUGGCCCUCAGUGUGAGGCCAUCUGAGGAGGCUUGUGGAUACGAGGCAUGCCCCAAAACCAAGACGAACAUGAUCAACAUCCACAUGGUGCCCCAUUCCCAUGACGAUGUCGGAUGGCUGAAGACCGUCGACCAGUACUUCUAUGGACACAGGAGCAACAUCCAGCACGCUGGAGUGCAGUACAUCAUCGACACCGUGAUCGCCGAGUUGAUCAAGGAUCCCUCCCGCCGCUUCAUCCAGGUGGAGACCUCCUUCUUCGCCAAAUGGUGGGCGGAGCAGUCGGAGACUGUGAAGCAGGUCGUAAAGAAACUGGUCAACGAGGGUCGUCUGGAAUUCACUGGCGGAGCAUGGAGCAUGAACGAUGAGGCCGCUGUGAACUACCAGAGUGUUAUCGAUCAGUUCACACUGGGAUUGAAAUUCCUGGACGACACCUUCGGCUCCUGCGCCCGUCCCCGCAUUGGCUGGCAGAUCGAUCCCUUCGGUCAUUCCCGUGAGCAGGCCUCGAUCUUCGCUCAGAUGGGAUUCGAUGGAGAGUUCUUCGCCCGCAUGGAUCACCGCGACAAGAACGACCGUAAAGACAACUUGGGCAUGGAGAUGAUCUGGGAUGCCAGUGACUCGCUGAGCAACGAUGAAAUCUUCACUGGUCUGUUGUACCGCCACUACUCGGCUCCUCCCGGCUACUGCUUCGAUGUCCACUGCGGAGACGAUCCGAUUAUUGACACCAAGAGCUACGACAACAACGUCAAGUCCCGCGUGGAUGACUUCCUCAAGUACGUGACUGAGGUGGCCGAGCACUUCCGGUCCAACCACAUCAUGAUCCCCAUGGGCGAUGACUUCCAGUACGAAGAUGCCCAGGUCAACUUCAAGAACAUGGACAAGCUCAUCAAGUACGUUAACGAGCGUCAGUCCGAGGGCUCCACCUUCAACCUGUUCUACUCCACCCCCGCCUGCUACCUGAACUCGCUCCAUGAAGGUCUGCAAACCUGGCCCAACAAGACCCAGGACUUCUUCCCCUACGGCAGUGACGAUAACAGCUACUGGACCGGAUACUACACCUCGCGUCCCACCCAGAAGCGCUUCGAACGCGAUGGCAACCACAUCCUGCAGGUGGCCAAGCAGCUCAGUGUCUUCGCCGACCUGAACAGCCAGCAGCAGAAGGAGGACCUGGAGUACCUUCGCGAGAUCAUGGGUGUGAUGCAGCACCACGACGCCAUCACUGGCACCGAGAAGCAGCACGUGUCCGAUGACUACGAUCGCAUUUUGUAUGAUGCCAUCCUUGGAGGAGUCAACACUGCGCGUGAUGGUCUGCGCAAGCUGACCAAUCUGCCCAACGGAGAGUUCGAGAGUUGCCUGCAGCUGAACAUCAGCGAGUGCGCCUUCACCAAGGACGGUGCCGACAACGUGGUGGUGACCCUGUACAACCCAUUGGCCCACACUUCCACCCAAUAUGUGCGCGUGCCGGUGAAGAACGAGAACUACCAGGUGACCGAUGAGAAGGGACGCGUGGUGGCCUCCGAAGUGGUGCCAGUGGCCUGGCAGGUUCUGGCCCUGGAGUUCCGCAACAAUGAUACCCAGCAUGAGCUGGUCUUCAAGGCCUCCGUUGAUAAGAUCGCUAACUACUACAUUAAGAAGGUCGCCAGCCAGGAGACAAAGAACGCCGCUGCACACACUCAAUCGAAGAGGUCCAUCAAGGAUGAAGAAUCUAAGCUGGAGGUGCCCAAGCGUUUCAAGAAGGUUAACUCCCUGAAGAAUGCCACUGAGACCUAUGACGAUGUUGAAGGAGAGACUGUGGUGCAGACUUCGCAAAUCAAACUUGUGAUCGACAACAAAACCGGUCUGCUGAAGACUGUCGAAAUGAACGGAGUAUCCGAGAACAUCGACCAGAGCUAUGGUGUCUACAGGACCUAUGAUUCCGGUGCAUACGUCUUCCGUCAGUAUCACCAGGCUGACUUCAUCGUCCAGUACGAAGGUGUUGAGUUCACCGUCUACGAUGGAGCAUUGGUCAAGGAAGUCCACCAGCAGUUUGGCGAAUAUAUCUCCCAAGUCAUUCGCAUCUACGAGGGCAAGAACCUCGUGGAGAUCGAGUGGCAGGUCGGACCCAUUGAGCGGGAAGAAGAGUUCGGCAGGGAAGUGGUCAUCAUCUUCAACAGCACCAUUGCCUCCGACGGCGUUUCCUACACCGACUCCAAUGGCCGUGAAAUGAUCAAGCGUGUGAAGGACCAGCGUGAGAACUUCACUCCCGGUCUGGACAGGCAGCCAACUGCAGCCAACUACUACCCAGUAACAUCCCGCAUUGCUCUGCAGGACAGCAAGAAGCGCAUUGCGCUCCUCAACGAUCGUGCUCAGGGAGGAGCCAGUAUGAUCAACGGCCAGCUGGAGCUCAUGUUGCACCGUCGUCUCGUCCGGGAUGACGGCUACGGAGUGGGCGAGGCCUUGAACGAGCAGAAGUACGGCCAGCCCAUGAUUGCCCGUGGAAAGGUGUACCUGAUUCUCAGCCCCAGCGAUGAGUCCACAUCCACAUCCGCGGAACGCGAGGCCGAGAAGGAGAUCCACCUGCCCUUCUGGAAGUUCUUCAGCAGGAACACUGGCAGCACCACCGCUGCUGCCAAGUCGCUUCCCAGUUUUGACGACUUCCCCAAGUCGGUGCAUCUGCUCACCCUGGAGCCCUUCAACGACGACGAGGUGCUGCUGCGUGUGGAGAACUUCCUGGACCACACCGAGGGCAAAGUGGUCAGCUUCAACAUUCGCCCGAUCUUUGACUACCUGAACGGAGUCGAAAUCCGCGAAACCACCUUGGACGGCAACCUGCCACUGAGCAACAUGAAGCGAUUCAAGUUCCACCACGAUAGCUCCGGACACAAGCCGGAAGCUGUCGAGUACUUCACCUCCGCCCACAAGCCUCUGGCCGCAGAGCAGUCUCAGGAGGCCUCCGAGUUCAGCGUCACCUUGCACCCAAUGCAGAUCCGCACCUUCAUCAUCAAGACGGAGUAAACCAACGUUCUCAGUAUUUCGUGAAAUGUAAAUAAUUUAAUAAAUAAAUUCUAUGUC